CCUAUCAUCCCAGCAUCCUUUGCGUGUCCAAUAUGGAAGAACUGGAGGUGGAGGUUCGCGGCUCCAACGGGGCUUUUUACAAGGGCUUAGUCAGAGACAUCCACAAUGAUUCUCUCACCAUUGCCUUUGAGAACAAUUGGCAACCAGAACGCCAGGUGCCCUUCAGCGAUGUCCGGAUGCCACCUCCUGCUGACGCCAAGAAGGAGAUUAGAGAGGGUGAGGAAGUGGAGAUCCUUUCCAGGGCCAAUGAUGUGGAACCUUGUGGUUGGUGGCUUGCUAAAGUCUGCAUGACGAAAGGAGAUUUCUUUGUCAUCGAGUAUGCGGCCUGUGAUGCCGUCUACAACGAGAUUGUGACAUUUGAGCGCUUGCGCCCGGUCAACACCAACAAGGCAAUCACCAGUAAUUACUUUCACAAGUGCACCAUCGCCAUCCCGCAAGAUCUGCAAGAAGCGUGUCAGACCGAGAAUGCGCAUAAAGACUUCAAGAAAGCUGUGGGAGCCUGUCAAGUCUCCUACUGUGCCGAGACCAGCCAGUUGGUCAUUGUGUCCACCACCGAGUCAACGGUGAAGCGCGUGUCUUUGCUGAGUGACAUGCACCUCCGCAGCCUCCGAACCAAGCUGAUGCUCAUGUCCCGCAACCAGGAAGCCACAAAACACCUCGAGAACUCCCGGCACCUGGUGUCGUCUUUCCAGGAAGAGUUCACGGUGAGGCCCGAUUUGAUGGGGCUGGCCAUCGGCAGUCACGGCAGCAACAUUCAGCAAGCGCGGAAAGUGCCGGGGGUCACCGCCAUCGAUUUGGACGAGGAGACCGGUACCUUCAGAAUUUAUGGAGAGACGGCCGAAGCAGUGAAAAAGGCAAGGAACUACCUGGAGUUUCUGGAGGAUUCUGUCCAGGUACCAAGAAACCUUGUUGGCAAAGUCAUCGGUAAGAAUGGAAAAGUCAUUCAGGAGAUCGUGGACAAGUCCGGAGUGGUGCGGGUCAGGAUCGAAGGAGACAAUGACAACAAGCAACCGCGACAAGAAGUGAGCCGCGGAAUGGUCCCCUUUACCUUUGUCGGCACGAAGGAGAGCAUUGGGAAUGUCCAGGUCUUGCUGGAGUACCACAUCUCCUACCUCAAUGAGGUGGAACAACUUCGUCUGGAGCGCAUGCAGAUUGACGAACAGCUGCGGCAGCUCACGCAGGGCCACCGACCCGAGGAGAGGAGCGAGCGCGGAGGGGGAGGAGGAGGAGCAGGGGGAGGGGGAGGAUAUAACGCAGACGGCGGCGCCAACGCCUCGUCGUCCUCGUCGCACGUCGGGCGCUCCUACAACAGUCGAGGUCGUGGGCGCAGAGGCCACGGAUACAGUACCGGAUACGGCACCAACUCGGAGCACUCCAAUGCAUCCGAGACCGACUCGGAGCGUCGCGAUGAAGUCGGCGACUGGUCGCAGGCUGCCGAGGAGCAAAUGAGGCGAAGGGAUCGAGGUCCACGUCCGCAGAGGGACGGUCGCAGGAGGCCCGGACCGGGCAGAGGACGGGGAGGGCGAGGAGGAAGAGGAGGCGCGGGCAGCAGCAGCGGCGGUGGCGGCGCAGGUAAAAACGCCCGUCGGAAGUCAAAAGAAAUCCAGGAUGGAACACGUGACUUUGCGGCAGGCCCUCGCGGUGACAACGCGGAGACCAACACCGAGACGGACCAGACCGCCGACACCGAUGCGAGCGAGUCCAACUUGGUGGCCCCUCGCGCACAGCGGCGAUCUCGCCGACGCAGGACGGAUGAGGACGCCACCAUGAUGGAUGGCAUGAGCGAAUCGGACAACGCUUCCGUGAGCGAAAACGGAAUCGAUGACGCCGAAGCUCAGCCGCAGCGUCGUAACCGUAGUCGGCGACGUCGUAUUCGCCCGCCCGAAGAGCGGCAGCCAGUGACGGUGGCAGACUUCAUGUCCAGGGCCGACUCGCAGAGCAGACAGAUGCCGACCACCAAGGACGUCGCCGCGAACGAGGAGGAGGGUCAGGCGGAUGCCGCAGCAGAGCGCAGCCCGGAGGCUCCUCCCACAACCUCCAACGGUUCCGACAACGUUGCCAACCAAGAGCCCGCCGGGCCCUCGGCGGAGGGGGCCGCCAAAGUCUCGGACGAAGGCGAGCCGGACCCCAAAACUGUUGUCAACGGCCUCUCGUAGCCACACCCCCAAAACACUCUUUUCGAAUCUUGUUUGGCAUCGUUUGAAAUCUCACGCUUUUCUUUGAAUCUGUUUUUAACGCGGCAAGAAUUAUUAUGAAUUUUUUUUUUUUAAACUUUGAAAUUUAAAACCGUGCGUAUUUUUUAGUGGUCUGUAUAAUUACGCCACACCUUGACACUCUUGUUCUACUCCCCCACACAGUUUCUUUUUUUUUUUUUUUUCAGUGGUUCUUCCUGUCUAAGCUGGCCAAAGAUAGUCUCUCACACACUACGAUUAUGUAAAUGUUCAUUUUCAGUCGCAAGAAUGACUGCGAAAGCAGUAUUUGGAAAAAAAAAGUAGUCAGGGAAUGCAACUCCUACCCAUACCGUGCUAUGAAUGCAGCCGUGGUUUUUUGCUAACAUCUUAGCAGGGUUUUUGUAAACGUCUGCCUCCGCCAGGAAAGGUUUUUCUGGAUAUUUUUGUGCAUCUGAAUUGGUUUGUACUUUCUACCGCCGUGCGUGAGCAAUACCACGGCGCAGGCAGAUUUGUUUUGAAGCCCCCCCCCCGCCCGCGUACUUGACGUUGACGUGAUCAGCUGUCGUGCCUUGAGAAAUAGUUUGAACAUGUUGCCUGAAUCGCACAAUAUCUGAAAACUUGUCACACGUCUUUGCUGGUGCUUUGCCUGCCACAGUCGGACCAGAUGAGCCCCCCCCCCCCCCCCCCCACGCCCCAAAUGCUCUCUUGCCACUGUGAACUGACAAACGCAACCACUCAAGACCCCGAGAAGUCAUUCGGAGACAUAUCUUUUCAAGUCGGGUAUGACUGUUCUUAAUGUGUAUGUGUUGAGUUUGGCAUAGCUGCUUUCUCUUUUUCAAUAUGCAACCACUUUGUUCAUGAGGAAAUGUUACAGCGUACCCGGAAAACAAACCCGUCGAGUCAUUUCCUUUGCACUGAAACAUUUUGCUGUCGAGAGUUAAUUGUAGUUGGAAAAAACUGCCUUGUGUGCUCAAACAGCGAUGUAGCCAAUUUCUUGAUUUUUGUUCGGCUGGAAACUCAUUGACCGUUUCCCCAAAAAGAAGGCUUAUUUAUUUUAAAUAUGUACAGUAUUUAAAAAAAACAAAGAA